UCUGAAUAUUGAUAUUCAUGAACCCGCUUUGUGUAAAUCUAUGACGUAUCAAAUUUACAGAUAUUAAGUACAGAAUGUUCUACAUGGUUGAAUAGUAUAUGCUUGUUGGAUUUACAUUGGAUAUAUUACAUAGAUAUAUACAAACUAGAUCUAUACGCAGUGUAUCAUACAACUAUUUAUACCCAGGAAUGUAAAAUCAAUGGCAAAAUACUGGCAAAUGUGGCAUUUUGAAAGCUCAGUAAUUUGGUUUUAUUGACAAACAAUAUCUUUAAAAUUCAUGAUGAUGAAAAAGUGAAAGUGAUCUUAACUUUAUGUUUAUAUAAGGAUUUACAAAAACCGUAAAUAAACCUGCAGUCACUGUUAUUGACGAAAUAAAAAGUUCCAUCUAUAAAAGCGAUAGUUACUAGCUAUGAAUGAUAAGAGGUUUUGACCAAUGAAAAACAUGGUGCUUUGUAUGAUAAUAAAAAAUGAAGUGAAAUUAAAAUAAUAUUUAAGUACAUAACAAUCAUUGAAAAACUAAUGUUAUUGAAAGUAUGGGACUAAAUGAAUAGGAAACUCAAGAACAACAUUAACAGCACUUACUGUGAAGAUUCUAAUUAGUAUUAAAAAGAUCAGCCAGGAUCGAGUAUUCAUAAGAAGUGCAGGCAAGCAAUGGAGGGUAAUGAAUAUCUAACAUGGGAUAUUAACUAUCAAAAUGUGAAUGGUGAUACAGCAUUUCAUGUUGCCAUCUCAACAGAUGCUGACAUAAACAUACUAAAAGCAUUACUGGAAAAAGAUGCAGAUGUAAAUGUAACUAACAAUAAUGGAAAGACACCAUUCGAAUGUAUCAAUCAUGGAUCGUGGCAAACAGCAAUAAAUUUGUUAAAACUGGAGAAGGUAUUCGAUCUUCGAGACGACAUUGGGGAUACUUUUCUUCAUGUUUUGAUGGACAGAGUUGGGGAUAGUGUUUGGGGUAUACGAAGAACUAUAGAUGGUAAAUGUGAAUUUGGAAAUUCAGACCAAGAACAAAUGAUUGAAAAGUUUUGGGACUACAUUCUGGAAAAUGUUGACGAGUUUGCAAUAGAUUUGAAUGCACAAAAUAAGUAUGGUUGUACGACGCUUCACAUUGCCGCUGAUUAUUGGCCAUCCAUGAAGAGUCUUGAAAUGAUGUUAUCAUAUUUCAAACAUGUGGAUCCAUUUAUAUGUGAUGAGGAUGGUGAAAACUUCCUUCACAAAUACUUUCUAAAGCACAAAAGAAUGUAUGCACAACAGUUUCAAGGCAAAAUGCUGAAGGGAGAGCUUAAGUAUCUACCAAAAGAAGCACUUGUAAAACUCCUUAACAGUCAGAAUAUAAAUAAGAAUACACCAUUACAUAUUCUUAUAAAACUCGGUCACGGAAAAUCUGUGUGUGACUAUGAAGAUAUACUUGAAGCCGGUACAGAUCCUAAUAUAAGUGACUGGAAAGGUGAUACUGCUCUUCAUUGUAUUUUCAAAAAAUACGUGAACCAAUUAGAAGAGGAUUCUGAAGAACCAGACGAAGAAUCUAAAUUACUCGAUGACUUAACAGAUAAAGUGAUUCAAUGUUUAGUCAAACAUGGAGCAGAUGUGAAUGCUAUCAACCAAAGAGGGGAAUCCCCUAUCUUCCUAGCGAAUAACAAAGAACACAUAAAUACCUUAGUCAAUCUAGGCGCAGACAUUAACCAGCGGAAUGAGCUUUUGCAAACACCAUUACUUUAUUUUGUUGGUAAAAAGAAUGUUGAGUUGGGUACAUUAGAGGAUCUCCUUAGGAAAGGUGCCAAUGUGUCUGCUGCAGACAUUAAUGGAAGUACUGUAUUACAUUACAUUGCCUGGCAUGGUUUUCAUCGAGAUUUUCUUCCUGCUUUAAAUAAAUACAAAAUGAAAGAUAUACGAGAUAAGCUAGGACAACUGCCAUGUGAUGUUGCCUAUAUGCAAGGGUAUAAAGCAGUAUUUGAUGAACUUUGUCAAUGUAGUAAUGAUUCUCAUAUGAAUCAGGAACAUUUAAAUCUGACAAGCGAUGUAAUUAAGCUAUCAACAUUAGUAAAAACUCCUGAGGAAUUCGAAGAAAAGUUUGAUCGUAUCAGAAAUUUCAGAGGCGAUAAAAUGUCGAAGGUUUUAAGUCUUCCGGGUAUUGGAGCUGUAAAUUUCGAAGGAGAAAUUGAUGAUAUUAAGAAUGUAACGAAAGACAUUAUAGAAAGCAUUUGUGCAAAAUUAACAGAGAAAAAUGAAUUCUGGAAAUGUAGGAUUAUGCAGUCGGGAAGUGUAGGAGAAGAUACAAAAGUGCAAUCUCCAAAUGAAUUUGAUUUUGUUAUCAUUGUAGAAAAACUUGGAGAAAUAUGUUUUGUAGAUGAGCAGCAAUCUCACCAAGAUCAAGGAUAUGCAUAUCUCAAAUUGAAACAGGAGUAUGUCACUGAGGAGUACAAAAGGUUCUUUAACGAUGAUAAUUAUCUUGACACUGAUGAAGUUCGACGUGAACUAGACGAAAUCCUACAAGAACUUUACACAACUGAAAGUCCGUUUAAACAUCCAAACAUUUCAUUUGUUGUGGGUAAUAACAAAGCCAUAAUCAGUCCAACCUUUAAUUUUACCUUCUACUGGAAAGGAUGUUUAUACAAAAACCUUCUGGUUGACAUCGAUCUAGUUCCAGCUUGUCAGAUAAAAAACUGGUGGCCAGAUAAUUGCAAUAUUGAUGAUCUACAAGGCGAUUCAACAACAUUGCAAGAACAAGGAGCUAUUCUGCUUUUACAAUCUGAAAUUAAGGAUGAUGUUGAUGCACAAUAUAUUAGUGUACCUCAGUGCAAACUGAGAGUAUCAGCAAUGAGUGCUGAAAAGGAACAUAUGCUUAAUCUUCCACAAGUAGCAAGAGAUGCUUAUAAAGUUUGUAAGAUACUAUGUGACAGUAGAAUUUGUCCUGAUUUGCAUGUCAAAGAAGACAUCCCUAUAAAGAAAUUGCUUACAAGUUAUAUGCUCAAAAACACAAUGUUUCACGUCAUGAAUGACAUUAAAGUAAGCGAGCAAAGGAGGAAAAGUGAACCUACUGAGAAGAAUGUAUCAAACUUUGGCGAAAACACUGAACUUCAGACCAUAGUGCGGAAUAUAUUUGUAAAGUUAUUGAAGUUCACAAGAGAUGAAAAUCUCCCGUCUUUUGUAUUUCCUUGGCAAAAUGUAUUCACAUUCAACUCUAAAGUCCUUCCACAUCAUAAUCAUUACUUCUGUGCAUUUAGAUAUUGUUUUAUCAAAGUUAUGCUGUCGAUGCUAGGUGAGCGACAGUAUUUCUCAGAUAUUGAUGAAGUUUCCUGUUCACGAGCCGUGCGAGAUAGAAAUGAAUUUGAAGAAGCACGUGAGGAUUCACAUGAGGAGGAAAAUGAAUUUGAAGAAAUGGAUGACCAGACUGUUGAGUUUGAAGAGUUCAAGUACUACUCACUCUUAUGAAAAAGUGUGACAUACUAUGAAGAGGUGCAAGGGAAUUGAACAGUUUUAUCUCCCACUGAACAAAUGAAAUUUAUUGUGCUUAGCAAACAAAUUUGUAUUAGAAAAUCCAUUGAGGUUUAAGGCUGUUAUUCAUCAGAAAUGAAGGGGUAUUACAUGAAGAUGUAGACUGUGUUAGAAACCUGAUACAUAUUUGGAUAAAUAUGCGUCUAGGAACAGCUUUACGCAAAUAAUAUUUAAUAAAGAGUUUUACAAUUACGCAUUUAAUCCUUUCUAAAUAAUUGACUUUCGGAGAAAUUAAAAAUUUUGAAUACUAAGUACAUGUAAUGAAAUUACUUGCCGGCAUUUUCACAUUGCAAAGCACUUAUUUCAUUGGAACAAUCCUCAUUAUUGGAGACAUACAUAAAAUAAUUCAUCACAAUUUUAGCAACAAGAGAAUCGGUAUCUCCUUCAGCAGAAUCUCCGUUAGCAUGGGCUCCUUCUUUAUCAACCUCAGCUUGCAAAAACGACCCAUUAUGUUUGAUAUUGACAUUAAACUUUGACAUAAUAGCCGGUCAAUACGGCUUUUCAGUUGAUUUCUUGCAAGAGUCACUUUAUUUGAGUAGCUUUUAUGCCUUAAAGAUAUAUAUGUAAGUAUAUAAGUAUAUUUUGUCCUCUGUAUAGACAUUGUGUAAUAAAGAUAAAAAUUUUGUUUAAAGAAAAA